CAUAAGAAAUUCACGGUAGGAAAAUGAGCUUCAAUGCACCUUCUAUGUGACGUAACGAAAAAUCAUUAUCAUACCAAAAAAUCUUCAUUAAGUGAGUUGAUAAGAUCAAAUGUUAAUUUAAUCAAUCAAAACAUUUAUAAAGUGCUAUGUUCGCCAAUUAAGAAAAACAUGAGCAAUAAGGUUAUUUUACUAGCAUGUGGCUCCUUCAGCCCACCGACACCCAUGCAUUUUCGAAUGUUCGAACUUGCAAGGGACUAUUUACACAGUAUGAAUAUUUGCUCCGUAAUUGGAGGUAUAGCCUCUCCAGUGCAUGAUGCUUAUUCAAAAGAAGGACUUGCACCCAGCUCACAUCGAUGCCAAAUGCUUAAAUUAGCUUUACAGUCAAGCGACUGGAUUAAGUUAUCGUCUUGGGAAUGUCAACAGGAGGGAUGGUCGAGAACCAGGGUUAUUUUACAAUACCAUCAAAAUAAAAUAAAUGCAUUUCUCAAAGAUCGAGAUUCAAUAAAUGAAGUGGAAAUACCCCAGUGGAUGCCUUUUUCAUUAUUAAAUCAUCCAGAAGGGUUUUGUAAUGAAGGGGUUACAGUAAAGCUCCUAUGUGGGGCUGACUUAUUGGAGUCUUUUGCCACUCCAGGAUUGUGGAAUUAUGAUGAUUUGGAAGCCAUACUAGGUGAUCACGGGUUGGUUGUCAUAACAAGAUACGGUAGUAAUCCUGAACAAUUUAUUUUUAACUCUGAUCAGUUGACAAAAUACCGGAGAAAUAUAACUAUAGUAACGAACUGGGUUCCCAAUGAAGUAAGUUCUUCCAUGAUCCGAAGGCUACUGAGCCGUAACGAGUCAGUAAAAUAUUUGAUAGACGACAAAGUGAUAGAUUAUUGCAUAAAGAACGAACUUUAUGGAGCAAAAACUAUUAAGUAUAACUUAACUCCAACUUAUAAUACAAAUAGAAAUAUAAGUUCAGGCAUUCCCUCUCCUGCCGACAUCUUAAUGAAAUCACCAUCUGACUUUGAAAUACGGCUCCAUCCAAUUUCACAUACCUAUUCAAUGGAUGAAACUGAUUUUACUGAAACAAGAGUAAACAUUAUAAAUAACGAACCAAAAUCUGACAAAAAAGUCACUAAACAUGAAGAUUUAACUAAGAAUACCAAUAAACUACCAGAAUCUAAAACUAACGUUUUUUGUUGUGGUGAAACAACUGAAGGAAAAUCUAAUAAAAAAUUUCUUCAUCCCGGACAAGCCGUUAAGGUUGUAACGGAUUCUCUAGGCGGCCAUACAGUUUUAAAAUCGGAGGUAUGUACUUAUAGCACUAAAGAUGGUAGUAAUUCUGCACAUUUUGAUGGAAAUGAAAAGCUACAUGUAUCUGAUAGCACUAGUUGUAUGAAGUCUUCCAAAAGCUAUGAAGAUAUAAUAAAAUUUAUAUUUACAGAACACGGAAUUCGGGUUCUGAGUGAAAAAGAAACAGUUGUAUAAUAGAGUCAUAAACUAAAAU